UGCUGGAACAACUCAAGCGACACAACCACAAGGUCGACAACCACGUAAGAGACGUUUAACUUCUAAAGUCUGGGAGGAUUUUACAUCUGUUGGGGUUGAAAGUGAUGGCAAGGAAAGAGGUCAGUGUAAUUAUUGUGGUAAAAAGCUAGUGAUCAAUACUAGAACACAUGGUACACAUCACUUGAGUCGCCAUUUAGACACUUGUCCAGAAAAGCCUAAAGCGGUAGAUAGGCCUGCAUAUGAUCAUCAGAUUGAUAGAGAGAUGACUAGCGAGAUCAUUAUCUAUCAUGAUUUGCCAUUUAGAUAUGCUGAGUAUGAGAAGGUUAGAGCUAGGGAUUUGUAUCUCAAUCCGGAUUGUAAACCAAUAUGUAGACGAACUGCUGUCGCUGAUGUCUUUAGAAGGUAUGAAAUAGAAAAGGAAAAGCUUAGGAAUGUGUUUGCAAAGCAUCAGGGUAGAGUUUGCUUUACUUCUGAUUUGUGGGUAGCUCGUCCCACUACCAUGGGUUAUCUCUGUCUGACUGCCUCGUUCAUCGAUGAUGACUGGAGGUUGAACAAUAAGGUCUUAGCCUUCUGCGUUGCGAGGUGUCCACACACUGGUGGGGAACUUGCUAGCACGAUCAUUGAGUGUUUGAAGGAUUGGGGUUUGGAGAAAAAAGUAUUCUCUUUCACUUUAGAUAAUGCGACCAACAAUGAUAGUAUGCUGAGAAUACUUAAAGGGCAGCUUCAGAUGAUGAGUGGCAGUGGUUUGUUAUGUGAUGGGAAGUUCAUGCACGUGCGAUGUUGUGCUCACAUCCUAAAUCUGAUAGUGAAAGAUGGGUUAGAGUUAGCAAAGAACCUUUUACAUGACAUUAGGGAAAGUGUCAGGUACGUAAAGGCAUCUCCACAAAGGAUACAGUCCUUUGCUGCUUGUGUUGAGAGAGUUAGGCCUAGGAUCACGGGUGGAGCAGGUCUAUCACUUGACGUUUCAACUAGAUGGAACUCUACAUACGAUAUGCUAGUCCGGGCAUUAAAGUUCAGAGCAGCUUUUGAAAGCAUGGCCUCUUUUGACACCCACUAUAAGACAUUGCCUUCAGCCGCUGACUGGGACCGAGGAGCUAAAAUAUGCUCACUGUGAUGAUGAUGGGAUAAGAGGAAUGAUUCAGCCAAUGCAAGCUAAAUUCAGUAAGUACUGGGAGGAUUAUAAUAUGAUUCUCGCUAUGGGAGCUGUGUUAGAUCCGAGAAUGAAGAUUGAGGUUAUUGAAAAAGCUUAUGAAGCUGUGGAUCCUACUACUGCUGUUUUAAAGAUCACAUCGCUUAAGGAAAACUUGGAGAAUCUCUACAAAGACUAUCAAGCUAGAAAGUGGGCAAGCUCAUCAGGUUCUUCAUCUUCACAAACUCCAUAUGAGAUAGUGAAUGAAUCACCACUAGAAGAAGAAUAUGAUAAUGAUCUUUUUGAGUUAGAAAGAAGCAUUGCAGCUGGUGUGGACAACCCAAAGUCACAUUUAGAUAUUUAUUUAGAGGAGCCAAGAGUAAACAGAAGAAAUUAUCCAAACUUGGAUGUCUUAGGCUUUUGGAAAGAGAAUCAUCAUCGACUGAGUGAUUUAGCUGACAUGGCGAGGGAUUUGCUUACCAUUCCUCUUACUACAGUCGCCUCUGAGUCGGCUUUUAGUAUUGGUGGUAGAAUUUUGACUCCAUACCGAAACAUGCUUCUUCCUAAACAUGUUCAAGCCUUGCUUUGUGCUCGCAAUUGGCUUCGAGGAUUUGCAGAAUUUGAAGGUACCAUUGAAGAGGAUACUGAUGGCACUGGCACUGGAAAAACAACAAGUAACUCAGGAGCAGAAAGUUCAAGGUCAGGAGAAUCAAACAUGUCAUGAGAAUGAGCAUGAGCAUGAGCGUGUCAUAGACUGUGACACACAGUGAAGAGAUCAAGAGAGGUCGUUAGUUUGAGAUUAAGAGAGGUCGUUGGUUUGUCAACUAGGAAGAAGUUGGUUUAUGUCUUGUUUCUAUCCAUGACUGUUUAUUUUUUAGUUCUGUUUUUAGUUCUGUUGUUUGUAAGGUCUGGUCGUUAAAUUUCAGAUACAAUCUUUAUGUACUUUUAGAUUCUCUAUGGUUUGUUGUAUUCCACUUUCUAAGUUUUAGAUUUUAUGUAUUUGCAGAUUUUAAAUA